GGAGACCAUCGAAAACAACCAAUUAGAGAUGCGCGACUGGUCACAUGACCUGUUGUAUAUUAACUAAUAGAGUCUUUACACUAAAGCACAUAUUGCAUAUAAUAAGAUAUGCUCAUUUUCAAUACUUAAUGGGUAGUUUUUAGUCUUCUCUUUGGCGAGCAGAGCAAUGGGUCGUUCAGGUAUGUUGUAUAAUCAAGUUUUUUAGGUUGAAGAGGAUAAUGGUAAGUCUUGAUUUUGAUUGGCCAAUGCUAUAAACCAAUCAAAAUGCUAAUCUUAUUCCCUCCAAAAAGGUAAAAAGGUAAAUUGUUGCAAGGUGAACAAUAUGCAUGUAGCUUAUUACAAGUGUAUACAUUCAAAAUGUAACAUGCUAACAAGUAAUUGCUAAACCUGUCUUGGUUCAGUGAUUAUUAUUAUAAUGGAACGACUGUUUUAAGGCAUUGCAUUAGCACAGGCGACUCUUUCUGCUAACCUUAAGAGGAGUUGAAUCUCCAGGUUGACGAUUUUAAUAAAUCUUGGCAGAUGCAUUUUGCACAUGUAUUAUUUAUUUAAUGCAUAUUUUAAAAGACAGUGCAUGGGAUGGGUUUACCCGCUGUGUACCAAAUAACUUUGUUCCGGAUAAAUUAUUCACCGGCCAUUAUAAAAUGGGUCAGAGAGUUGUCUUUUCAUUAUUAUAGUUAUUAUUGUUCUCCAACUAGAAAAGAUGCAGAUGCUCCAUUUAAAAAUGACAGAUACCGUUUUAAUUAAACUUAUGUCAUUUACUCCCAUUAAUCCAAACCAGUCUGAAUUUAGUUCUUCAGUAGAAUGCAAAUGAUGAGAUUUCAACCUUAGACUUUAUUUACUUUCAUUGAAUGGACAAAAAAUAUCUUCUUUUGUGUUCUACAGAGGUACAAAUAAGGUUGAGUAAAUGACAGAGUGAUUAUAUGAGGGAAAUGAUCCGUUUAUUAAUUAAUUUACAAAUUAUAAAUGCAUAGUGAUUAUCAUAAAUGAUUGACUGUUGGUGUGUUUUAUCAGUUACCACCAGUUAUUUAAAGAAAUAAACCACAAGAGGCCUUACUUUUACAGUGACAUUACCAUGGUAAGGGUAUUUAAGGCACAUUAUGCCUUAUAGCACCUCAUUACCGUGGUAAAGUCCGUGUAAAACUAUGACCUCAUUUGGAUUAUCUCUAUUUUACUCAGUUCUGAAGUAUUUUAGUCAUACAACUUUAAGAGACGUUAGAUGUUCAGUUGUAUUUGAUCUGAUGUCUGGUGACAUUUCAGUAAUUGGCCGACUGGAGAUUUCUGAAAUCCAUUCAAAUUACCACAGCGAUAGAUAAUUAAUUCAACAUAGGUAUGCUAAUGUCUCACUGAUUAUGCGCAUACUGCAUUAAGUAUCCCGUGCCCUUUGGUUUUGUUUUCAAAGCUUAAUCAUUGGGUACAAUCAAAUGUUUUCUGUUCUAGAGUUAACUGCACUUGAAAUUAGCAGCUACGAUGGAGAAAACUGCUCAGCCGUUUAUACAAGCAAAACUGCAUUUACAUGUCGCAUAAUAGCGCGACGCCUUUAGAAUCGGUUGUCUUGAUUGUAGCUGCUAACUUUAAUGCUAAUUAUGUGGGGUUUUAUUUGUAUGGUCGGUUUGAUUUGGUUUGCACUUUGGGUUGUUUCAUUGAUUUCUGUUUUUGUGUCUUUGUUUUGUUUCUGUAAUUAAAGCCGCAGUGGCAGCUCUUCAGGCGGCUAAAGACCUUGUAAUUUUGCAUUGUUAUAAUAUGCUUGAAUAGACGCCAGUGGCUGAACGCAACCACUGGGGUGAAUCAAACUGUUUGGGUCUAAGCAGGUUAACGUGGCAGACAUGUCGCGUGUCACGCAAUAAAUAAUCAGGCGACAUCAGUCAGAGAAAUGUAGCAGCUAAAAGCCUUGAGGUGGCCUUUUUUACUCUCUCUGUGUUUCCCCUAUUUUUCUCUUCUCCUCAUGUCAUUGUGUUCUGCAUCAACCCCUUUACAUCCCUCAGAGCUUCGAGAAGUUCGUCGUGUGCCCCCGCGUUUCUCCAUCACGCCCCCCACUACCCAAGAGAUCAUGCCGGGCGGUAGUGUCAACAUCACUUGCGUCGCCGUCGGCUCACCCAUGCCCUAUGUCAAGUGGAUGCUUAACUCUGAGGACCUGACACCUGAGGAUGAGAUGCCAGUUGGCAGGAACGUUCUAGAGUUAAACAGCAUCCGUGAGUCGGCCAACUACACCUGCGUGGCCAUGAGCAGCCUGGGCAUCAUCGAGGCUAAUUCCCAGAUCAUUGUCAAGUCCUUGCCGAAACCUCCAGGUACUCCUGUCGUAACCGAAACUACCGCCACAAGUAUCACCAUCACCUGGGACAGUGGCAACCCUGAGCCUGUCUCCCAUUACAUCAUCCAGUAUCGCGCCAAAUCUCCCGAAAGCAAGUUUGAGACCGUGGACUCCAUCACCACCACCCGCUACAGCAUCGGUGGACUUUCUCCAAACACUGAUUAUGAGAUCCGCGUGUCAGCCUUCAACACCAUUGGCCAGGGCCCACCCAGCGAACCAGUUGAGGCUAGGACUGGGGAGCAGGCUCCCGCCAGCCCACCGCGCAAUAUCCAGGCCCGUAUCAUCUCCCAGAACACCAUGAUGGUGCGCUGGGAUGAACCCGAGGAGCCCAAUGGACAGAUCAAGGGUUAUCGGGUCUACUACACAAUGGAUCCAUCUCAGCCCAUGAGCAUGUGGCACAUCCACAACGUACAGGACAGUGUGAUCACCACCAUUCAAAGUCUGGUGGCCUCAGAGACCUACACCAUCAGAGUUCUUGCCUUCACGUCUGUAGGAGAUGGACCCUUCUCGGAUCCCAUUCAUGUAAAAGUGCUUCAAGGAGUCCCUGGACAGCCGACUAACUUCCAGGUUGGUGAGGUGUCAGACACGAGCGUUGAGCUAACAUGGGAACCGGCCUUUGAAAAAGAGGGAAUCAUCAGUUACGAACUACAUUACAAAGAGGGCGGGCAAGAAUCUCAGGUAAAGAAAACAUUCAGCCCAGCCUCUUCCUAUGUGGUGGAGGGUCUGCGUGCAAAUACAGAGUACUACUUCUCUCUGGCUGCUAUCUCCAACAAAGGCAUUGGGGCCUUCACCAACGAAAUAUCCCAAAGGACGUCCCAAGCCAAGCCCUCCGCUCCCCCUCAAGACAUUAAGUGCUCCAGCUACAGCUCCACCACCCUGAUGGUAAGUUGGCUCCCUCCGCCAGCCGAGAGCCAGAACGGGGCACUAGCCGGGUACAUAGUGCGCUACGCGGUGGUGGGGGCCGGGGCUGAGGUCAACACGGAGCCCGUGGAGGAGCCAGCGGUGUCCCCCAGCUCUAAUCAGAUCCAGCUGCAGCGGCUGGAGAAAUGGACCUUGUACAGAGUCACCGUGGCGGCCUCCACCAGCGUAGGUCCGGGCCCCGAGAGCGAGCCGCUGAUGUGCCGCACAGACGAGGAUGUUCCCGGGGCCCCUCCUCGACGCGUGGAGGUCGAGGUGCUGAACUCCACCGCCAUCAAGGUAAUGUGGCGCUCCCUAUUGCCAGGGAAGCAGCACGGGCAAAUCCGAGGAUACCAGGUGCACUACGUCCGUGUCGAGAACGGUGAAUCCCGUGGCCUGCCCCUCAUAAAGGACGUCAUGCUCGCCGAUGCACAGUGGGAAAUGGACGACACAGCUGAAUACGAGAUGGUCAUCGGGGGCCUGCAGCCUGACACCACGUACUCCAUCACUGUGGCAGCCUACACCACCAAAGGAGACGGAGCCCGCAGCAAACCCAAGCUGGUGGUGACUAAAGGAGCAGUGCCGGGGCCUCCCUUUCUCUCUGUCAACCAAAACUCAGAGACUACCGCAUUAGUGCGCUGGCAACCCCCAGACUUCAUCGCUCCGGGUCUCGAGGUCCAAGGUUAUCGGCUACAGUUCGGCCGAAAGGAUGUGAGCCCCCUGGCCACGCUGGAGUUCGGCCCUCAGGAGCUGGAAUAUUCCAUUAGCAAUAUCCACCGAGGGGCAACAUACGUCUUCAAAGUGUCUGCCAAGUCCAGAUCAGGAUUUGGUGAAGAGGCUACCCGAGAACUAAAAGUCCCCGAGGAGGUUCCUCGAGGGUAUCCCCAAAUAAUGGAAGGGUCUAACAUUACCUGCUGCUCGCUCCAAUUUGCCUGGUUGCCUCCGGUGCUAGCAGAGCGCAACGGUGCUAUAAUAGAAUACACACUGGCUUACCAAGAGGCCGGAACGGUCGGCGGACCCAAGGAACUGCGUUUGCCGGCAAGUGAGAACAGCUACACCCUCAACAGCCUAAGGCCCAACGCAGUGUACGAUGUGAAAAUUCGAGCGCACACCAGUGUAGGUCCAGGGCCCUACAGCCCACCGAUCCAGUAUCGAACAGUGGCCUACGAAGCAGAUGUUCCUAAGAACUUCACGGUGAAGCUGACCACCAAAACCACGGCACUGCUGACCUGGAAGUUUUCCGAUAGCCGCUUCCCGUACCGCUGCAUGUUGGAGUACAACCGGCAGAAGAUUGAUAUUGAUGCUAGGAUGAACAAAGCUCUCAUCACCAACUUGCGACCCAACAGCACCUACGAGGUCAGAAUUACCUGCCAGGAGAGCAGUGAUGGUGGACCCAAACACAAACUCAUUGCACGAACGGCACCACAUAUUCUUGUCCGAAAGCCAGAGUUGGACCUGAAAAGAGAGCCAGACAGUACUCUCACCAUUGUCUUACCACCGCUGGAAUCCAAAGAGUUGAUCAAGGUGGUCUAUGUUGUGGUGGUUCCUCUGAAGAAGGGAAGAGGACCGAUCCGACACAUCAAGAGCCCAGAUGAAUUGGACCUAGAAGAGCUGUUGGGCGACAGAAGACUCGGUCAACGUCACGCUCGAACCACCCGUCAGCUCAAGCAGGUGGACGGGAAGCGGCCCUACAUUGCUGCCAGUUUCAAGCCCUCAUCCAUGCCGCCGUCCUUCACCCUGGGCAACCAGAUGGUGUACAGCGGCUUUGAAAACAGGGCUCUGGAUCCCGGGCAGGAAUAUGUGAUCUUCAUCCUUGCUGAGCUUAACACCACCGGAGGGAAAACAUUUGUGACCAGCCCCUACACGGAUCCAGUCACAGCUCCAGACGUGGACCCUCAGCCCAUGGAGACGGGAGGGGACGGACUCAUCUGGGUGGUGGGGCCUGUUCUCGCUGUGGUCUUCAUCAUCUGUAUUGUGAUUGCUAUUCUUCUCUACAAGAACAGCAAGCCUGACAGCAGCAAACGUAAAGAGUCAGAGCCACGGACGAAAUGUUUGCUGAACAAUGCCGAUAUCACCCCUCACCACCCCACAGACCCGGUGGAGAUGAGACGAAUCAACUUCCAGACCCCAGAUUCGGGUCUAAGCAGUCCUGUCAGUGAAGCCGGUUUUGACUAUGAAAGUAUGAUGAACCACCCUCCUAUACCCAUCUCUGAGCUAGCCGAGCACACGGAGCUACUGAAGGCCAACGACAACCUGAAGCUCUCCCAGGAGUACGAGUCCAUCGAUCCGGGUCAGCAGUUCACCUGGGAGCAUUCCAACCUGGAGGUCAACAAACCCAAGAACCGCUACGCCAACGUCAUCGCCUACGACCACUCCCGCGUAAUCCUGGCACCCAUCGAAGGUAUCACAGGCAGCGACUACAUCAAUGCUAACUACAUUGAUGGCUACAGGAAGCAGAACGCAUACAUAGCCACACAGGGACCGCUGCCAGAGACCUUCGGAGACUUUUGGAGAAUGGUAUGGGAGCAACGAGCCGCCACCGUGGUCAUGAUGACCAGACUGGAAGAGAAGUCAAGGGUAAAGUGUGACCAGUACUGGCCGAGUAGAGGGACGGAGACCUAUGGUAUGAUCCAAGUGACGCUCCUGGACACCAUCGAACUCGCCACUUUCUGUGUGCGCACCUUCUCUCUACACAAGAAUGGUUCCAGUGAAAAGCGAGAGGUUCGACAGUUCCAGUUCACCGCCUGGCCGGACCACGGCGUUCCCGAGUACCCCACUCCAUUCCUGGCCUUCCUCAGGAGGGUGAAGACCUGCAAUCCACCGGACGCUGGCCCCAUCAUCGCCCACUGCAGUGCUGGUGUGGGCCGCACAGGCUGCUUCAUCGUGAUUGACGCCAUGCUAGAGCGCAUCAAGCAUGAGAAGACGGUGGACAUCUACGGUCACGUGACCCUCAUGCGCUCCCAGAGGAACUACAUGGUGCAGACAGAAGACCAGUACAGCUUCAUCCAUGAUGCCCUCCUGGAGGCCGUAGCCUGCGGGAAUACAGAGGUGGCGGCACGAAGCCUCUUCUCCUACAUCCAGAAGCUGGCACAGGUGGAGACCGGAGAGCACGUUAGUGGCAUGGAGCUGGAGUUUAAGCGUUUGGCAAACUCCAAAGCCCAUACAUCCAGAUUCAUAAGUGCCAAUCUACCAUGCAACAAAUUUAAAAACCGGCUAGUCAACAUCAUGCCCUAUGAGACCACUCGAGUGUGCCUGCAGCCCAUCAGAGGACUGGAGGGGUCCGACUAUAUCAACUCCAGCUUCAUUGAUGGAUACAGACAACAGAGGGCUUAUAUAGCCACUCAAGGCCCAUUAGCGGAGACCACUGAAGACUUCUGGAGGAUGUUGUGGGAGAACAACUCCACCAUUGUUGUGAUGCUGACCAAACUGAGGGAGAUGGGACGAGAAAAGUGUCACCAGUACUGGCCAGCGGAGCGCUCCGCUAGAUAUCAAUACUUUGUGGUGGAUCCCAUGGCGGAGUACAACAUGCCGCAGUAUAUCCUCAGAGAGUUCAAAGUGACAGAUGCUCGGGACGGCCAGUCCAGGACCGUUCGCCAGUUCCAGUUCACCGAUUGGCCGGAGCAGGGCGUUCCUAAAUCAGGAGAGGGCUUCAUUGACUUCAUCGGACAGGUGCAUAAAACUAAGGAGCAGUUUGGACAGGACGGGCCCAUUUCUGUCCACUGCAGUGCCGGUGUGGGCCGGACCGGGGUCUUUAUCACACUAAGCAUCGUGCUGGAGCGGAUGCGCUACGAGGGUGUGGUGGACAUCUUUCAGACGGUCAAAAUGCUGAGAACGCAACGGCCAGCAAUGGUGCAAACAGAGGACGAGUACCAGUUUAGCUAUCAGGCGGCUCUGGAGUACCUUGGAAGUUUUGAUCACUAUGCAACGUAAAAAGCCAUUUUUGUUCCCCCCUGUCCCACAAAGCCCCCUCCCCCAACAGCCUCCUGAGCCAUAAAAACUUGCUUGAAAACAGGAAACGAUGACAACUAUACACAAUUUAUAAAAUUUUGGGAAGAAUCGUCUUUUGGAACCAAUCAAAAUGCAUCGUGUGUAUCCCUAAUUGGACAAGCAACACUAGAGAAGUGCAAACGGAUCCGAAACCCCUCUACACCCCAAGCUCGUGAUGGAGGAACCAAAUGUUUUGGCUCAGGCUGUAGGGCGGGAAUAAACAUCUAGGUGUCGGACCACUAACUUUACCUCAAGUGUUCGGACAUGGAGGACAAGCAUUGUUUCUUUUCAAACUAACUGUAUGAACAUAUUACAAAAACAUGAAGGAAAAGUCAGUGGGAUACAACAUGACCACAAAAUUAAGUAUAAAUGAUGAUCAACUAAUUGGUUGGAACUUAAAAUCCUCCUUUGUUUUCUAAAAUGGCAACGUUUCCAUUGAAAUGUCAUCUGUUGGUGUAACAGUAGUCGUCUUUGCUGUCUUCAAAGGAGAAGUUGGAGCAAUGGUAUAGACAAGACUUCUUUUGCUGCUCUCGUCUUGGAUCCAAGCCUCUCCUUGACUGACAUGUUGCCAUUCAGACAAAAUUGGGAACCACUUAAGAAGCAAUUUGAGGCAAACCAUUCAUCCACUUGAGAAGGUUACUCUCCUCUUGAAACCACUGGAAUCGCCAAACAAGAACUCGACAUGUCUUGAGCCGUUGAGGCAUUCAAGGAAAUUGUUGAAACCUAAUUGCAUUGGUUUCUUGAGGUGGGGACAGUUUUCUGUGCUUUGGAGGACGUGCUAGUGAACUUUUCUGCAAAUGUAGCUCCAUCUUAACUUCUCGAGAGCCAAUGGGAGCAUGAAAUAUUGUGUCAAUUGAAAAUCAGGACAAGAAGUUCCACCAACAAAGUCUCGAGUUUCUUUGGUGCAAUUUAGCUCCAUUUCUAUCCUCGAGAGCCAAUGGGAGCUUGACCUGUUGUAUAAUUGGGAGAUUUGGACCAGAGGAACCAACAAUGAAGUCUCACAUUUCUUUGACGAAGUAUGGUUCCAUUUCCAUCUUCAAGAGCCAAUGGGAGCUAGACCUGUUGUGUAAAUUGGAGAUUAGGACCAGAGGAUCCACUAAGUCAGUCUUAUGUUUCUUGGGCGCAAUGUAGAUCCAUCUGCACCUCUCGAGAGCCAGUGGGAGCGUGAAAUGUUACGUCAUUUGGAGAUUAGGACCAGUGGAACCAUCAACAAAGUCUCUGGUUUCUUCAGCACCUUGUAGCUCAAUUUCCAUCCUUGAGAGCCAAUGGGAGCUUGACUUGUUGUGUCAAUUGGAGAUUACGACAAGAAGAGCCACCAACAAAGUCUUGCGUUUCAUUGGUGACUUCAUCUGAUACAUUGAAUGGUCUCUCCAUUGGCGUACACAACGCAUUUGGCAGACCUGAUAGGAGAUGCAUGGCUACGUCUUGUUUUCAGUACUUCGACGUCCCCAGUGACCAAUAAUCAUUGCCAUCGUUUAAAAAGAUUUUUUCUUCUUUUUUUGGUUUUGUUUUGCUCUUGAUACCAAACAUGCUGCUUUUGCUCCAUUAUGCUGUACAUGUACAUGUGAAGGGUCCGAUUCACCAGAUGUAAGUGUGCGAGAGCAUGAUUACGUGUGCUGGUCCCACCAAUCAAUCCAUUUCCUUAUGCCCCAACAGUCGCCCAGGAUUAAAUUGCAUUUUAUCGUCAUCAACGGCCCAUUCCUGGUUACUUUUGGAUUUCUUGCAUUCAGUUGCUGGUUCUUUUUGAGGUGUUUCUUCAAUGGAUUUUGGCUAAUGAAGAGCCAGAAAUGGGCAUAUGUUUGCGCCAUGAAACUGCGGUACAACUUUCUUGUGAAUCUGUUGUUGUAGGUGGGACUGUUUUACACAUGCAUAUGCGUACGAGGGGGAGGGGCCUUCGCUCGCCAUUAGAGCUGACUGGCUGUACGAGGAUGCUUGAACCUGGAGUGUUCUGAUUGGUGAGAGAAUGAAAGGAGCUGUGUGUUAUCUUAUUUCCAAAAAGGCCUUAUUCUUGUAACAUCAUAGAAAAAAAAAUCUAAUACAUUAUUGUUGUAUUAUUUUGACUAUUAUCUUCUUAACAGACAUUUGAUUUCUUGGUUUAGUGUUUUGCGUUUUUUUUUUUUUAACAAAGAUACUGUAUUAAUUUUUUUUUUAAUUAGCAAGGAAAAAUAAUGCUCAUUUUGCUCAUAUUAUGUUAAAAGACAUUCUAUUUUUUCACUGUAGAAAUUUAACAUGAGAUGUGCUUGUGUGCAUGUAUACAUAGACGAAUGGGACGUGAAUGUAUACAUACACACUCACAUAUAUGAUAUUUAAAAGCAGAAUAUAAAGAUGUAUCCAAAUCUUCAUAUGCAUAGCCGUUUUUGGUUUUGUUUUUGAAACGGGCACUCAUUUUUAUACCACCGUGAAAUUAUGAAAUUGUUUGUAUGAAAUCAUGAAUGACUUUUUAUUGUUUUUUUUUUUUUAAAGAGUCGGGGAAAUGCAUUAUCAGAAAUGCAGAAAUUUCCCAUAAAUCAUUGCAGGAAGAGCUUUGACUUCCUGUUGCCCAUUUAUGAAGGCUGAAUUAUGAUUGCAAUCCUGUUGUUAUUCAUCAAUAGUGCUAGUAUUAACUAAAGUAUUACUUUCAUAAAAGAUGUAGAACUGGUUUACUAAAUUGAAAAAAAAAAAAAAUUAUCUAUACUUUCCAAAUUUUACUAAAAAAAGACUAAAAAAAACUGUUACAGCCCCAUAUCUGUGAAAGCUUUCAUUUUUUGAAACAUUAUUUGUCUUUUACUUUUCAAACCACCGAAUGUUCAAUCGUUUGUUAGAUAUCAACUAAGAUCCUGAAUAUAAUGCCUGUAAAUAAACAAAUAUAUAUUAUAAGUAUUUGUAUAA